AUGGCCAGCGCUGCUGCAACUCAAACUGAUCCUCCAGAGCCCGACUUCGACUUCGCCAACCUGUUCAACUCGAGCCCCCUCCGUGUGGAUCCGACUGGCCAACAGGAUGGUCUUCAAUCAGCAGGAAUGAACAACUCGGGCGCUUCUCGGCUUCAGGAUGGUCUCCCAGGCUUCCAGACAGGCGCUUUUGCUCAAGGUCCUCAGGGCCUUCACGUUCCUCCUGUUCCUCAUGCUCGACAGCCUGGCGCUUCUCAGCAAACCCCUGAAGGCACUUUCAGUGGCUCCCAGAUCCAGGCCCUUUUCUCGACGUUCGAAGACCGCAUCGCCUCGAGGAUCGAGAAGAAGCUCUCUGCCGUUCAAGACUCUGUCUCUGGAUCAUCUCUGGACGCCAAGAAACGCAAGGCUGAGGCCAUCAAGAACGAAGGAAUCCGCAAGCAGUAUGUUCCUAUCGAGGAGGCUUCUUUGCGCAUGCACGAGGUCAAUUCUUCUCUGGCUGCUGUGGCUGAGGGGGAGGCUGAGCCGAUUGGUCCUGAACAGGCGGAGCAGCUGCGCGAGCACCUGGAUCAAGGUAUUAAGUUUUGCACAGAUCGCAUGCAGUUUCUCGAAAUUGCUGAAACCGAGGGUUGGUCUGUUGCCAAGAAGGUUGAGGAGGAUUCCUUUUUGCUCAAGCUCCCUGAGGACCUGCAGUCUCAAGUGAAGAAGGCGCGCAAGGCUGUGAAGGCUGACGAGCAGGCCAAGGACAAGAAGAAGUCUGGCAGAAAGUUUCGGGGUUCUUUUCGUGGUGGUUUCUCGAGUGGUUACAGGAGGUUCAGUGGUGGCAGGGGUGGCUUCUCUGGAGUGGAAUCUGAUUCUCUCCACAUGCUGUCAGAUCUCACUGAGUCUUCCGAGUUCGAGGGUUUUCGGGACCCCCCCCAGCCCUCCGCUUCCUCCUCUGGCCAACCUCAGCCUGCUGAACCCUGGCUACGCAAUCGCCUUCGCGACAAGCUGGCAUUCUGGAAGACUUUCUGCACCUCCGUCUUCGUCCUCUCCAUCAUCACCUCUGGUUAUCAACUCCCCUGGUCUGAUGGCCCUCCUGCUGGUCCUCGCCAUUUUGCGAAUCACCCUUCAGCUCGCCUUUUCUCCCGCUCUCUGCAUCGCGUCCUUAGCAGCCGCACUUCGUGGCGUAGCAUCCUGUCGCUAGACCAGCCCGCUCUGACUGAGCUUCGUUUCUGGAGAGAUUCUCUCGAGCAGUUCUCCUCUCGUCCUCUCUGGCGCAAUCAUUCCUUAGUCCUGGUGCUUAAUUACGACGCUGGCGCCGACGGCUGGGGCGGCCAUUUCCUCCUGCACGGAGUCGAGCAGCGCGCGCGCGGCGUUUGGGCGCACGACGAGCGCCACGGUGUCAAGUCGUCCACGUGGCGUGAGCUAGAGGGUUUACGUCGUCUGCUCCUCUCUGUCGGCCAUCUGCUUCGCGGCCACCGCGUUCUUGCUCGCGGCGACGCGAUGAACGUCUUCUGGUUGCUAAAGAAGGGGGGUUCUCGCGCUGAGCAUUUGCACUCUAUCUGCUUGCGCAUCUUCUGGCUGUGCUUAGAGCUUCGCAUAGAGCUUCUCCCUGAAUGGGUUCCGCGCGCUCAGAAUCAGCUCGCAGACUUCCUCUCCAAAGUUCGUGACGUCGACGACUUUAGUCUCCAGCCAGGCAUUUUCCAGCAGAUCCUCCGCGCUUUCAGCCCGCUCCACAUAGAUCGCUUCGCUAGCUCGUAUAACGCUCAGCUCCCUAUUUUCUGGUCAGAUCUUUGGUCCCCGCACUCAGCUGGCGCUAAUGCUUUCACGGAUUCCUGGGCUGGCCUCCGCAACUACUGCUUUCCGCCUCCGCGCUUGGUCGCGCGCGUUCUGGAGCAUGCUCGCGAGUGUUCUGCCGAGAUUGUGCUGGUUGUUCUUGAUUGGCCAGGACAGCCAUGGUGGCCUCUCCUGGUUCGCGACCGCGGCCGCGCCUGGGCGCCUUUCGUGCGCCACGCCCUCUGGUUUCCGCCCGGCCCGUCGACGUUCCGUUCCGGUCGCGGUUCCGCUGACGCCUUCUUCGGUCACGGUUUCCCUUCGUGCGCUGUUCACGUUCUGGACAUCUCCUUCUGCCCCAUCCUCCAGGCUUCCGGCGCUAUCUUCCUCCACCAUUCGCUCGCUGGUCUUCCCUCUCCUACGUCUAGCCCAUUAGUCGCGAUGACUCGAGAAAUCGCCAAACGCACCAAAGUCGCUGGUCAAAAUGUCAAGAAACCUCUCUUGGCCUCUCACUGUCGUCGGCUGUUCGACCUCUGGAUGACCGCGCCUUCUGCGAAUCUUCACACACUUAUGAAGUUGUCUGCUGUCACCCUGUGCUACGUUGGGUUUCUUCGGUGCUCGGAUCUUCUCCGCGUCCAGUGGCAAGAAGUUCGCUUCCUCCCGACUCAUAUGGAGUUUUUCCUGGAAAAGAGCAAGACUGACCAGUACCGCAUCGGCCGCUGGGUUUUGAUCUCCCGCGUUGGGGGUCCUUUCUGUCCUGUCUCGCUGACUGAGCGUCUCUUGUCUGCUGGCCAGUACGCGAGUCUCGGCCCUGGGGGCUUGAUCCGCACGGUGACCAUUGCCCGCUCUGCACAGUACAUUCGGGCUCAGCAGCCCUCCUAUUCUACCGUUCUCAGUUGGUUCAAGGACGCAGCUCGCGUCCUAGGCCUUGAUCCCGCAGAUUACGGCACUCACUCUGGCCGGCGCGGCGGCGCGACGCGCGCGGCGAACGUCGACGUUCCUGACCGGCUGUUCAAGGAGCACGGCUCGUGGAAGAGCGAGCGCGCCAAGGACGGCUAUGUCGUCAUUUCCCUGCCCGCGGCCGCGCUGCGCCCCUUCGAGGUCUCCACCAAGCGAUCCACGGCGGCCGCGUCUCGUCGCGCGCGGAUACCUUUUCCUACCCGCCUAUGGCGAGGCAUCCAAAGAUUGACGGACCCGACCCGGCGGAAGGUUUUUGAUGGCCCGCGCGCGACGAGAGGCCGUUGA